AUGUCCUCGAACCUCCCAACAGCCGACCCAUCCCCCGAAAUCGCCCUCCCACCCCGCCCCUCCCAAACCCCCACAAACUCCCCCCGCCUCGGCAUGCCCUUCGACCGCCGCCUGCUCCUCACAACCUUCCUCUCCGGGCUCUGCGGCUUCACACUGGGCAGCACAUCCGCCGGGCGCCUAGCCUCGCUGCGCUUCCGCGCCGAGAACGCGCACCGGCUCCCGAUAUCCCAGCCCGGCUGGUACCUGUACCACAAGUCGAAAAACUACUAUAAAUGGCGUGCCGGCAUAACCGAGGGAUUCCGCAAGGGCGGGCUCGUCGCGGCGUGGAGCAGCGUCUUCUUCAUCGUCGAGGAGUCGCUGGACAUCUUUCGGGGCACGUGGCGCGCGGGACGCAGUCUGAGCGAGAUGGAGGGCGUCGACGAGCUGGAUAUUGCGCGCGUUGAUCGCGGGGUCGGGAAGAGUAGGGAUGCGUGGUCGAGUGCGGGUGCGGGCAUGGUUACGGGCGGGUUGUGGAGUGCGUGGCAUGGGUUUCCGGUUAGUACGGCGGGUCGCACGAUUAGGAUGGGCGUGCUGGGCGGGUUGGGGUUUGGGUUGGUGCAGGACGGGGUGAGGUGGGCGAAGGAAAGGUGGGGGGAAGAGGAGGGGGAGAGUUGGGUGAGGUUAGGGGCGAAGAAUAGGCAGGGUGAGGGGGCAUGA